AUGAACGCAGCGCGGCGCAUAACACGCCAAACAGCGUUGUCCAGUGUCAACGACGAGAAUAAGUUGCAUGGUCAAGCAACACGGGUAAAGUUAACAUCGACACAAAGCUCAGAAAGUCAUGCAAAGCCAUGGACAGUUGCAACACGAAAAAGAGCAGCUCUGGGAGAUGUGAGCAAUGUAAAUAAUAAGGAGAAUAUGGUUUCAAAGACUAAAACUCAACCACUUAACACAAAAGCACGUGUAGUCACGAAGCCCACAGUACCAGUACUUCAAACGAAAGAAUCAACGCAAUUGAUCCAGCCUGUACAGACCGCAGAAACUAUGCAAUUGGUCCAAUCAGUUCAGCCGAUACCUUUGGUGGAUCCACAUGUUGAAGAAACUACAAGGAAACGGAGAACUUCAAAAGUUCUCAAAGAACAAAAGCAACCAGUUGGAGUGAAACAAACACAGGCAAGCAAGAAAGUGCGCGUUGAAAGCCUUUCGAAUACAGCUACAGAUAUGGUAGUGGAUGCGACAGUACCAUCACAAGAUUGGGAUGAUUUAGAUGCAGAUGACGCUCAUGAUCCACUGAUGGUUUCGGAAUAUGUUGAGGAAAUUAUGAACUACAUGAGAGAAUUAGAGGUAUUAACUCUUCCUUUACCAGAUUAUAUGGAUCGGCAGAAAGAACUUCAAUGGAAAAUGAGAGGGAUUUUAGUAGAUUGGUUGAUUGAGGUUCAUGCAAAGUUUCGGCUUCUUCCAGAAACGUUAUUUCUCUCAGUUAAUAUUAUUGACCGGUUUUUAUCUUUACGUGUAUGUUCUCUUCCCAAACUUCAGUUGGUAGGCAUAACUGCUCUCUUUAUUGCCGCAAAAUACGAAGAAGUAAUGUGCCCAUCCAUAAAGAACUUUAUAUAUAUGGCAGAUGGUGGUUAUACAAAUGAGGAAAUCCUUAAAGCUGAACAAUAUGUUUUACAAGUGCUUGGAUAUGACAUGUCAUAUCCGAAUCCUAUGAAUUUUCUAAGAAGAGUAUCAAAGGCAGAUAAUUAUGAUAUUCAGACGCGUACUGUAGCAAAGUAUCUUAUAGAAAUAAGUCUUCUUGAUCAUCGGUUUUUACCAUUUGUUCCAUCUAAUAUUGCAGCAUCAGGCAUUUAUUUGGCAAGGAUUAUGGUUACUGGUGGUGAUUGGAAUGCAAAUUUAAUACAUUACUCAGGUUAUAAGGAAUCAGAUUUAAUGCCUUGUUCUAAAAUGAUGUUGGAUUAUCUUUCACGUUCAGUUGUAAAACAUGAGGCAUUUUUCAAAAAAUAUGCAAGUAAGAAGUUUAUGAAAGCUAGCUUAUUUGUUCGUGAUUGGGUUAAAAAGCAUUAUAAUGUUGAAGAUAAUAUGCGGUUGAAUGGUAUUUCUUUAGACCAUGACAUUCAUGAACCAAAUGAGAAGCACGAGGGGGUAGACGACGACGAAGUAUCCGUAUAG